UUUACCAUGAUGGCUGUGACCUAAAAUCCUUAGGAAACCUCGGGGUCAUGGCCCAGAAGCACCCUGGAGAAAGAGGGUUGUGUAGAGCCCACCACAGUGGUGGUGCCUCCCUAAGGACUUCAGGACUCUCUGUGGACCCUGAAAUACUUUCAUCCUCAGGACUCAGGGACUCACAGGGGUCUGCUCCUAAUGGUACCCGCUGCCUCCCAGAGCACUCUAGUACUAAGUACACACAGCCGCCAAACCCAGCCCAUUGGUCGGAUCCAAGCCAUGGCCCCCCAAGGGGCCCAGGACCCCCUGGGGAUGGAGAGGACCCUGAUCAGAGUGAGGCAUCUUCAGAAGAAGAGUCUGGAGUGGACCAGGAACUCUCAAGAGAGAAUGAGACUGGGUACCAGGAAGAUGGGAACCCUUCUUUUCUUUCCAUUCCAUCUGCUUGCCACUGCCAGGGAACCCCUGAAGUCCCUGAAGGGCCUUACUCUGAGGGAGGAGAGAGCUCUUCUAGCAAUUUUUGCCACCAUUGUACCUCUCCAGCUGUGGGGGAAGAUGAAGAAUUGGAAGAGGAAUAUGAUGAGGAGGAACCUCCUAAGUUCCCCAGUGAUUUUUCACGUGUGACCAGUGAGAAGAAACCACCACGGAGACAGCGGCACCGUCUUCCAGCCAAGGAGGAUACUCGGGAGGGUGGACGCAGAGAUCCCAGGCCCCCUGGGCGACAUCGGCUGGGCCGGAAGCGAAGUCAGGCAGAUAAGCGCAGAGGCCUAGGAUUGUGGGGAGCAGAAGAACUGUGUCAGCUUGGACAGGCAGGCUUCUGGUGGCUGAUUGAACUGCUGGUUCUGGUGGGAGAGUAUGUGGAAGCUUGUGGCCAUAUCAUCUAUGCAUGCAGGCAGCUGAAAGGCAGUGACCUGGACCUUUUUCGAGUCUGGGUGGGAGUCUGGGCAGGGCGGUUGUGGGGCUGGGCCCAGGUGAUGUUCCAGUUUCUCAGCCAGGGGUUUUGCUGUGGGGCAGGGUUGUUCACCCAUGUUCUUAGGCUGUUGGGUGCUUUGCUGCUCUUGGCCCUGGCUCUCUUGUUGGGCUGUCUCCAGUUAGGCUGGCGGUUCCUGAUGGGAUUGGGUGACCGGUUAGGCUGGAGGGGUAGAGCAACAUGGCUCUUCUCUUGGGUGGAUACUCCCACUUUGCAGCGUUGCCUGAUUCUGCUAAGAGAUAGCAGGCCAUGGCAGCAGCUGGUAAAAAUGGUUCAGUGGGGUUGGCUGGAGUUUCCUUGGGUCAAGCAGAUGAGUAAUAGGCAGGGGAAUGCACCUGUAGCUGGUGGUCCCUACUGCCAGCCUGAAGAGGAAGUGACUCGACUCUUGACCAUGGUUGGGGUUCCUGAGGAUGAGCUAAACCCUUUCUAUGUGUUGGGGGUUGAAACCACCGCAUCAGAUGUUGAACUGAAAAAGGCCUACAGGCAGCUGGCUGUGAUGGUUCAUCCUGAUAAAAAUCAUCAUCCCCGAGCUGAGGAGGCCUUCAAAGUUUUGCGGGCAGCUUGGGACAUUGUCGGCAACCCUGAAAGGCGAAAGGAAUACGAGAUGAAACGAAUGGCAGAUAAUGAGCUGAGCCGGUCAGUGAAUGAGUUUCUGUCCAAGCUGCAAGAUGACCUCAAAGAGGCAAUGAAUACUAUGAUGUGCAGCCGAUGCCAGGGAAAGCAUAGGAGGUUUGAAAUGGAUCGGGAAGCUAAGAGUGCCAGAUACUGUGCUGAGUGUAAUAGGAUGCAUCCUGCUGAGGAAGGAGACUUUUGGGCAGAGUCCAGUAUGUUGGGCCUCAAGAUCACCUACUUUGCACUGAUGGAUGGAAAGGUGUAUGACAUCACAGAGUGGGCUGGAUGCCAGCGUGUAGGCAUCUCCCCAGAUACCCACAGGGUCCCCUAUCACAUCUCAUUUGGUUCUCGGAUCCCAGGCACCAGUGGACGGCAGAGAGCCACCUCAGAUGCCCCUCCUGCUGACUUUCAGGAUUUUUUGAGUCGGAUCUUUCAAGUACCCCCAGGCCAGAUGUCCAAUGGGAACUUCUUUGCAGCUCCUCAGCCUGGCCCUGGGGCCACUGCAGCCUCCAAGCCCAACAGCACAGUACCCAAGGGAGAAGCCAAACCCAAGCGGCGGAAGAAAGUGAGGAGGCCCUUCCAACGUUGACACCCCUUCUUUUCUUUCCUCAAAUCAAUGUCAGGGAGUCAAAAGGGCUGUGUACAGCACAGGUUGGAGUUUGACUUGUUUAUUUUUUAAUAUUUAAAAAAGGGAAAAAUUUAAACUCAGAUUGUUAACUCAGUACUUGUAGGAAGUCCUGGAAGCACUCUCCCUCCUCCAUCAGCACCCAGAAACUGAAUCUUGUCUUCUGACAAUACCAAAGAAAAGGGGAUGGCUAGAGCAAAGGACCUCGGGCCUGGGCUGGACAGCAUCUCCCAUAGUAGUGUGGUAACUGGGUAUUUCCCUUGGUUCUGUAUGCCUUUGUCUUGUCUUCUGCUUCUCUUUUUCAACGACAGGUCUGCCUGAUUUUCUUGACCCAUUUCAGGAGGGAGCCUCCUCCUUUCCUCCAAUAUACUAGUUAAAAGAACAAGAAAGCAUCUAGUCCUAAAUGUAGGACAUACAUUAUAUAUAGUUCAGUGUGGGAACUCUCGAGUUUUUCCUCUUUCAGCUUGUGGGUGAUCACCCAACUUGCUUGUUGCUGCAGGAUCGCCAAAACUAAUACUUUUUAAACAGUAGACUCAUCCCCUCUGCCCUUGGUUGAGGGGGAAGGAUAAAGGGGCUUCUGGCAGCCCCCUUAAGAUCCAAGGGUUUGUAUUUUUUUAAGUUUAUUCAUAUUUGUAUGUACAUAUCUAUUUAAAGCCAGGGGAUUAUCUUUCUAUAAAUACACAACUGACAACCUG